ACUAUGUUCUUGAUGCAACCACCAACCAGCGACGAACCCUGGGGUCCUCAUGGAUCUGCUCUGGCAGAGCUUGCUCAGGCCACAAAAAAAUUCUCUGAGUGCCAGAUGAUUAUGAAUGUUCUUUGGACCAGAUUGACCGAUACAGCAAAUACAACCUCCAACCAAGUGGAUCUAUUUGGUGAAAGCUUAGUUGAUCUCAUGGAUGCACCAACAUCUACACCAUCAGAGCCUGCAUUCUUCAGCAACACCAACACUCCUGAAGUUGACCUAUUUGCUGAUGCGACUUUUGUAUCAGCCUCACCUCACUCUGAAGCAACACCAGGUUCUCAUGAUCAGGACAAUGUUGAUCUCUUUGCUAGUCAACCUGCCUUUCCUCCCCCUCCUGCUGCAAAUGUUGCAAAUGUUGAUUUAUUUGGAGCAUCUGAAGUGAAGUACUCUACCUCAGAGCCGGAACACUCGACAACAUUUGAUCCUUUUGCAGUUCCUGAUUCAAGCAAGCAUGCUGACACAAAGUCCUCUGCUUCAGAAGCUACAAACACAAAAGCCUUUGAUCCUUUUGCCGCGAUUCCACUGAACAAUUUCGAAGAAUCCGACUCCUUUGGCCUUCACAUCUCAUACUCAGUGUGUGACAACAGAGCCUCAACAAAAUGCGACAAAGAACAGCCUCCGGCGCUCCGCAGCUUGGAACAGACAUCUUCAAUGGCAUCCAAGCCUGCACCCAUGAAGAAUGCUUUCCAAGUCAAGUCAGGGGUAUGGGCUGAUUCUUUAAGCCGUGGAUUGAUUGAUCUAAACAUCACAGCCCCCAAGAAGGCAAAUCUAGCAGAUAUUGGAAUAGUCGGUGGACUUGGCGAUACUUCAAACAAUGGAAAAGGAACGGGGACACCGUGGUAUGUGGCUGAUACUAUUGUGGGCAAGGUUUUAAAUAUCGAUUAUUGGGGAUUUAUUGGACGGCCAAAAUUCUUAUCGGAUAGCAGAAAUUAGGAAUAUGUCAGGGAUAAGUAGUACUUAUCAGAGUGAUAUACCGUAUGAUAUGUAUAUAUAAUAUAAUACCCCAAAUUGUAAUCUAACCAUACUCCCCUCUUUCAUUA